AUGGAAAGAGAAUUUCUAAAGUAUCUUCUUAAAGCAAUUAGUUACAAGAAGUUCUGUCAAAUGAACUAUGCAAAAUUUCCACAUUUAAUCUUGCAGAAUGUAAAAAAUAUAAAAAUAAAGAUGAAUAAAAAACGAGGCUCUUCACUGACGAGUGAACGAAAAGUGCAGAAUUCUCUUGUGAGGUUAUCUGAUGGAGUGGGCUCGUUUCAAUUUUCGAAAGUUUUACUGCUAUUUAUUCGUCUUCUUAGCACAAGUGGAUGA